CCCACUAUAGAAAUAGAGAAAUGAGUUUUUUUGAGAAGGUAGUUGCUACAUUUACCAUAACUACUGAAUUUCUUCAAUACUCUGUUUAAUUCCUUUUCUUCCCACUGUAGUUGGUAUCAUGCAAGAAUCUAUUCGCACUGACUAAAACAGAAAGACAAUGGAAGAGUGAUGAUCAGAGAAUUUUAAAUCGGAAAUUUAGCACCAGCGCCUGAGCAACAGAGCCUUAGUUGGUGUAAACUACUCAUACAGACAAAGCACCAUCCACAAUAAUCAACUUUCUGCUUUUAUUUCAAUUGGACAAUCGUGAUUAGAAAAGCUCCUGUGGCAAAAUUCAAGGAAAUCUGAUAUAAAUGAGUAACAACUCGACAUGUAUUCAGCCAUCCAUGAUCUCUUCCAUGGCUUUACCGAUCACUUACAUCUUCCUUUGCAUCAUCGGUCUCUUUGGAAAUUCUCUCUCUCAAUGGAUAUUUUUAACAAAAAUAGCUAAGAAAACCUCAACGCAUAUUUACCUAGCACAUCUUGUGACUGCAAACUUACUUGUGUGCAGCGCCAUGCCUUUCAUGGGUAUCUAUUUCCUGAAAGGUUUUCAAUGGGAGUAUCAAUCUGCACAAUGCAGAGUAGUCAAUUUUUUGGGAACUCUAUCCAUGCACGUAAGUAUGUUUGUCAGCCUCUUAAUUUUAAGUUGGAUUGCCAUAAGUCGCUACGCUACCUUAAUGAAAAAGGAUUCCACGCAAGAGACCACUUCAUGCUACGAGAAGAUAUUUUAUGGCCAUUUACUGAAAAAAUUUCGCCAGCCCAACUUUGCUAGAAAACUCUGUGUCUACAUAUGGGUGGUUGUAUUAGGCAUAAUCAUUCCAGUUAUCCUAUACUACUCAGUUGUAGAGGCUACAGAAGGAGAAGAGAAGGUGUGCUACAAUCGGCAGAUGGAACUAGGAGCCAUGCUCUCUCAGAUUGCAGGCCUCAUUGGAACCACAUUUAUUGGAUUUUCAUUUUUAGUCGUACUAACAUCAUACUACUCUUUUGUCAGCCAUUUGAGAAAAAUAAGGACCUGUACAUCCAUUACAGAGAAAGACUUGACUUACAGCUCUGUGAAAAGGCAUCUUUUGGUCAUCCAGAUUCUACUAGUAGUUUGCUUCCUUCCAUAUAGCAUUUUUAAACCCAUAUUUUUUGUUCUACACCAAGGAAAGGACUGUCAGCAAUUGAAUUACUUAAUCGAAAUAAAAAACAUCCUCACCUGUCUUGCAUCAGCCAGAAGUAGCACAGACCCCAUUAUAUUUCUUUUUUUAGAUAAAACAUUUAAGAAGAUAGUAUAUAAUCUCUUUACAAAACCGGACUCACCACAUAUACAAACCUCUGGUUGAUUUCUGAAUGGGAAACAAUACCAAACAGAAAAGUGUUCAUAUGACUCUACUUGGGACCCUAAACUACAAGAUUAACAGGUCAUAGCUUGGUUGAUAAUAGGCACCAAGAAAACCUCUUUGGUUUCUUCAAAACAAACAAACAAACAAACAUAAAACUCACUUUAUGGUUUUACUUAUACUGAAAGCUGAGAUGGCAGAGACUUUCAGAGGCAGAAGUCAAGCAUAUUGAAAGGAUCUCACUGUAUAUGAAACCAACAGAUCAUUUUCUGUUUAAACUCAACCAUGGAUGCUUCUAUUCAGAACACAAUACUUCACAAGUAUACUAUAAAGAAGAAAAUGGUUUAUGGCUUUCCUGCUCUUCCUGCUCUCUAGUAGAUUACAAGGGUCUAACUGUGGGUAAUGUUUUGUUGGUAACUUUAAAAAUGAGUAAAAGAAAAAAGCAAAUAAGGGAUUUCCUUACUUAAGUCCUGUCUAAAAGUACGAAUAAUGCACUGGAAAAGUCCAAGGUUUUAUAAACACAUUGUUUAUUUGGUAUUACCUGAUUCAUGAUCCUAGGAGAAGCAAUACUCAUUGAUUCCAGUAUUUAUUAAAUAGGGGUUAUUUACAAAUAUGCCUAAAUAUCUGGAUUAGGCAUUGUCAAAAUUAAAAAUGAAUGCAAUAUCAUUAUAUGACUAUCUUUAUCACAUUUUGUAUAAUUCCCCCUGUAUUCAACAUAAGUAAUGUUAUUAAUGACAAACAGUACCUGGCAUUUAAAUAUGUUCAACUAAUUUUUGUGAAAUAAAUGGAUGAAUGAUAAGGCAGUAUAAUAGUAUCAUAUACUAUGAUCAAUUCAAGACUGGUCUCUGGAGUUAGUUUCCUGGGUUCAACCCCUAGUUCCAUCUCUUAUUUAGCUCGACUAUCUUAGGCAAAUCGCCCUCUUUAAUUUCUUCAUUAUAGAAUGGAAGAAUACCAUGUAAUUCAUUGGCAUUAUUUAUUCAAUCAGAUGAUGGUACUCUUUUGAGUAGCUAUCAUUUAAUAAGCACUUGUUAUGUGCCAGGCACUUUGGUUAUAUUUUCUGCAUGUAUUAUUUUAAUCAUCACAACCCUAAAGUAUGCCAAUUUGUGGAUGAAAAGAAGAACUGAAGUGCAUGGUUAAAUAAGUCACCCAAAUUUUCUUCACUAUCUAGGUGAAUAUUUAAAGAGUAAGCAUUUCUUAAUAGUCAUUUCUUUCUUCCAUGUAAUCUUAUUGGUAAGAAAAAUGGUGGCUAUAUUCUGUAUUACAUACAUUAUAAUUGAAACCAAAAACAAAUGUGUUUUAUAUUCCAAAGAGCUCAUAAGCACCUUUGGAGCUACAGUCUGUUUUCUGUUUCUAUUCCUAUGGUACUUGCAUUUGAUUCGAUAAGAACCAAAUAUAAACCGUUGAAUAAAACUGAAGUUGAAUAAACAUUAACUGUAACCUGCUACUUGGUUAGGGACUGCUUCAAGACUCACUUAUCACCUACAUGGCAAUUUCUUUAGCGCUCAAAGACAAGUUUAAAGUAAGUUCACAUACCACUUCCAAGCCUUUAAUCUCAUAGCAUGUUUUGUUUCAGAAUUAAAAACGCAGAAACAAUUCACUGUACAGAUUCCCCAAGAGGCAUGUGUUCAAAAUUACUAGAGGUUUUUCCAACACAUCUAUGUAAUUUUCAUUAAAAAAGAAUAGCAAACAAA